AUCACUCCAUAACGCCUUUACUCGAGGAGGACACAAGUUAUCUCACAUACUUCGUGAAGGGAAUAUCGGAGCCCACCACUUAGCUAAAUGGGCUAGUCAACACAAUUUCUAUAGCCCAUUAUAAAAAAAUACUAAAAUGUCGAGAGAGUCUGGUAAAAAGUCUAUAGAUAUGGGCGUUGUGAACCGAGGAUUUUCUAACAAAGGCAAAGCCAUCGCCACCUCCGAAGGUUCGAGCUCACGUGCUUCUCAAGGAAGACAGAGUAUGACUGAUCAAGAAUUCGACAAAUAUUUGGGAGGUAAGAAUGAUGCCAAUCUUCUAACUCUUGAAGAUAUAUUCGAGGAGGUUGAAGACAAGGUAGAACCAACACCUGAGAGCCCGAGACCUCUAAAGGUCCACGUGAAGGUAAAAAAGAUAUUCCUUGAUUCAUUGGAUCCACAAGAUAGGGCCACCCAAUUUAGUCAAUCGGAUCUCCCUCCGAAAAAUUGCGCGGCGAGGAUCGAGUCUCUACUCCCAAUCACCAAUUGUCAUCAUCACUUCUUCCACGAUCCACGCUGGCUCGGAUCUCUGCUCCCAAUCCUAUCGGAUCUACCUGCCAUCGCAACCUCCUCUUCCUCCUCUUCAAUCGUUGGAUUCCAUGCUCCGGCCCGUCUCCCGCUUAUGUCUAUUCCUUUUCCGAUCAGGGAGUAUAUAAACGUGCUGGGAGUACACACGGACGCAGGACCCUUUUAUUUCCUUGAACGGUUCGCACGUUUCUUCUUCUCUGUUCGUCCGUGCGUCCGUCGGCUGCACAGCAGCGCCAGCAACCUCCGUCCCAGGGAAAACAACGCCGAUCACCAUCCCUCUCACUCCCUUCCUUCCCGCCGGCGUGCGCAAGCCGAGAGCCAGUCCGACGAGGAGCAGCGGCGAUUACCUUCUUCUCCCAUCCAAUUCUAAUUUCUUUGAUUGCGAGGUAGGAACACAGAUUUGGAUGGGCAACCCGACGGGCAGUGAAGUGGCAGUGUGGUGUGGAUGGCUGUUGUUACUUUAAUAAGUAAACUACAUUAUUUUAUUUGAUUAUAUGAACUAUUGGACGUUACUUUGGUUUUGUUAUGCUUCCGCGACGUUUGGAUUUAUUUAAUUAUUCUGAUGAUUUUGGGUUUAGUUAAACCUCUACGGAUGAAUUUUAUAAUUGAUUUAAAUUGUUAUUUUAGGAAAGAAAAUUUAUGCAUGCGU